GGGAGGAAGAGAAUACGUGUGAGAGUAUUUGUGAGGGAGGUAAUAUAUAUUCAAUCAUCUCCUGCAAUUUUGCUGAACUGAUGAGUAGCAGACGUAUGUAAGCUUCAACCAUUCCACAGGGUGCUGCUGCAUACGAAAGGAAAUAGUCGAUCCCGCAUAUGUACUGUCUGCUAGGGGACUUGUACCCAGCCGCUCUGACUUAAAUUUACGAAAGCAUUUGGAAGGCGCACACACUCACAUUACACCUCGCUCUACCACCACCACCGCUUCCGCCACCGCCGGCGAGUUCGGCUGCUAGCUUGACAAGUCAAUGCCUUCACAGAAGCGCGAGGCCUCUCCAUCUUCUUCAGCUGAGGAUGAGGAGGAGAAGGCCGACGAUUUGCAGUUGGACAAUCAAAAUCAGAACGAAGAAGAAACCGAUGAAGGAGACGAUUCGGAUGAAAGCUCUUCGAGCGAUGCCGUAAAAGACGAAUUUAUCACCCUUAAACUAUCAGAAAUACGCAAAGAAGUACAAUGUCCGAUAUGCUUAGGCAUUAUUCGAAAGACAAGAACGGUUAUGGAAUGUUUACACCGAUUUUGCAGAGAAUGUAUUGACAAGUCUAUGCGAAUGGGGAACAAUGAAUGUCCUGCUUGUCGCACGCAUUGCGCUAGUCGCCGUUCUUUGAGGGAUGACCCAAACUAUGAUGCCUUAAUAGCUAUACUGUAUCCAGAUAUUGACAAAUAUGAGGAAGAGGAAUUGGCUUUUCAUGAAGAGGAGAUGGCUCGAAAUAAGCAGAUUCAAGCAUCAAUUGCCCAGACGCUUCGACGUCAAACUGAAGCAUUGGGAAGAAAGAGAACACCAAGAUCAAAUCAAUCAGCAUAUAUUAGGAGAUCUGGGAAUAGAAAUUUAAGGAGAAGGAGAAACCAUCGAGUUGAACCUCAAGGAUCUGAUGAUGAUGAGGACGGCAAUGGCCAUGAUGACAAAGAUUCGUCUUCUGCUGAUGAACAGCAUGGUACAGAAGCCAAACAAAAAAGGGCUAAAAGAUUGGGAGGGAGAUUCUCUCUAGGAUCAGCGGCAGGCAAUGCCAAUUCAGGCUUUGAUGAAAAUGAUUCAGAAAUGAACAGAGAGUCGUUUGGUGCAAUGGGGCUUAUUGGCAGCUCAGAAAUUCUUGCAUGGGGGAAGGGUGGCAUGCGAAGUCAAAAAACUCAAAAUAGGUAUAGCAGCCUGGGCGGCGGCAGUGGUAAUGCCCGGAUUCGCAGGAACAGUAGAGUCUCGAAGCUGAUUGAAUCUCUCCAACAUUCAAAUCAAAAUGAAGUAAAGGUGGAUAUCGGCCUCAUGCUUGUUUCCUUGUGUGAGGAAGAUAUUCCAAGUUUGCAACGACCAUAUCUUUGCUGCAGACCAACUCUGACUGUUAAACAUUUGAUUCAAUAUGUCUCUCUGCAGACUUCAAUCCAAGCUGAUGGAAUCGACAUGUUGGUGAUGAAAGAGCUUAGUUCCACCAUGAAACCUUCAAGCUCUGAGGCUGUGUUGAACACAAAAUCAGUUGCAGGCGUUCCUUCCAAUGGCGAGUUCGACUUGUUACGAGAAAACCAGACGUUGGAAGAAAUCCGAUCCAGCCGUGGUUUUAGUCAAUGUAAUCUGCUUUUGGCAUAUCGGCUCAAGUCAAAGGGUUAGGGUGGUGGUUGUGGUAAUGGUGGUGAAAAACAUUCAGUUGCUGUGCACAGAUACUUGGGAAUUUCCAGUUUAGUCAAAUACAUCCAGUCUAGUGUUUUUAUUUAGCUUAGUGGAAAGGUAAUCAGUUAAGCCUAUAAUCUGUACUUGUAGCAAAGCACCUUUCAUUCAAGGUGUUGUGAUCUAUAUAUGGAAGGUCCUAAUUAAGAUAAUACUAGCACAAAUGACUUGCUGCUCUUGACAAUCUCUUGUACGUUUUCAUAUAUAUAAUAUAUACACCUUUCUUUAGAAACCAGUGAUACCUAAGUGAAAUUUUAUGACUGAUACCAUAUUUUCCAUGCUUUUUCAGUUAUGACUACUUGUUACUCUGAAAAGUUAGAACAUAGUUUUUAGGCAGUGGCAGAAGCAGUGCAGCACACAUAGCAGCUAUCGAUAAAAUGCAGUGGACGGGUUUUGUGAACAUAUAUGUAAUCCCCUGACCAUAUAAUCUGUUUUAGAGUCCUUGGGAUACAGUGCGGUCAUGUGUUGGUCAUUGUUCUCAUGGAAAUGCACCAUAUUCACCAUUCCCCUAGAUGAAACUUCUCGGGUUUCAUAUAAUCGACAAAUCGUAUCAGUACAUGGGUGUCUAGCUCACUUAGCAUAGGCUUUGUGAGGGGCAUACCCAACAAACUAAUGUUGGAGGACCAAAGAUUAUAAAAAUUACUUGGGUAAGCCGUAGGCUCGUAGCCCUACUCAUCCCUGAGGCCCUCAUAGGCCUGCUCUUGUUGCUGUAUAGUUACUAGUUAGUAUACCGAGCUUAAGAUUGAGAAUAAGACAAUAACAUUAUUUAGCUUGAUCCUUUGAAGUAGGUUAGAUAACAUUGUAAAGUGUUUACAAUCCAAGGUGUAAAUCUUGGUGAGUACCUUAUGGAAGAGUAAAUGACAAAUUAUUUGUUUUAAAUGAACAAAA